AACCACUAGGUCUGACCGAUUCUCCCAGAGUCUCUCGGGGUUCAGCCUAGGGUGUGAGUUUCUAGCCUCCAAAGGCUAGAUCGUCUUCACUGAGGGGGUGUUGGGGGCCUCUGGCUGCUACGGCCUCGGACGCGCCGGCGUUUGCUCUCGUUCUGGGAGAACGGCCCCUUUGCCGUAAAUUGAGGGUCGGGGUGUUAAGCCUGCAGUUCUCUUAGAGGCCUCCAAAAGACUGUUCACCUCGCAGGGGGUUAUGGAAGUGUCUGUUUAUGAUAAAACAUUCACUCUGACAACAAAGAAGUUAGAACAAUGGGAGUGACUAACCUGUGGCAAAUCCUUGAGCCUGUGAGACAACCGGUCAACUUGAGCACUCUCAAAGGAAAAACACUUGCUGUUGAUUUAAGUCUGUGGGUUUGUGAAGCGCAGACCGUUAAAAAAAUGAUUGGAGUAGUUACUAAGCCACAUCUGAGAAACCUAUUUUUUCGGUUUGCUUUCUUUACAUCAAUGGGAAUUAAACUAGUGUUUGUCAUGGAAGGAGAGGCCCCCAAGUUGAAAGCAGACACCAUGAGUAAAAGGAACGAGAUGCGCUACGGACCUUCAAAGAAGAAUGGAGCUGCACGGACAGGUAGAUCUUCAUUUAAAUCCAUGUUAAAAGAGUGUCUCGAACUACUGGAGUGUUUGGGUGUCCCUUGGGUUCAAGCAACUGGGGAAGCAGAAGCAAUGUGUGCCUACCUAAAUGCAAAAGGACAUGUUGAUGGCUGUAUUACCAAUGAUGGAGAUGCCUUCUUAUAUGGAGCUCAAACAGUUUACAGGAAUUUUGCCAUGAAUGCUAAGGAUCCACAUCUUGACUGUUACACAAUGUUCUCUAUUAAGGAGAAACUUGGUUGUGACAGAGAAUCUUUGAUUGGGCUAGCUGUUCUACUAGGUUGUGAUUAUCUUCCAAAGGGUGUUCCAGGAGUUGGGAAAGAACAAGCUUUAAAGUUAAUUGAGACUUUGCAAGGUCAAAACUUAUUGCAAAGAUUUGAACGAUGGAAAGAACAAUUUCAGAAUAAUAAUAAUGCACCUUUGGCUGUUAAAAAGAUACCUCACUGUUCUGAGUGCCACCAUCCAGGAUCUUACAAGGAACAUGAGCACAGUGGAUGUAAAUUCUGUGGAAGUGCCAGAUACUGCAAACCCAAUGAUUCCAAAUGUUUCUGCCCUUGUGAAUGGCAUCAGUUAGAGCGAGUGAAACAAGCAAGUGCAGUGGAGGACAAUAUCAGAAAAAAAGCUAACAGUUGUGAGGGCUUUCCAUUCACUGAGGUUAUCCAAGAGUUUCUUGUAAACAAGAAUAAAUUGAUCAGCAUAAAGGAAUAUGAAAGGCCGAAUUUGUUGUCCUUUCAGAUAUUUGCUUCUGAUAAGAUGGAAUGGACCAAACAUUAUGCUUGUAAGAAACUGUUAUCACUAUUGACCCGUUACGAUAUGAUCCAGAGAAAAUCUGGAUACAUUGAUUCAAAACAACUCCAGGCAAUACGGGUAGUCAAGACACGUAUUAAAAAUGGAAUUCCUUGUUUUGAAAUUGAGUGGCAAAAACCAGAACAUUAUGUUGAUGCAGAAGAUGAACCUGUGGAGUUGUUUGUAAUUACAGUAGAAGAGGAGUCUUUGUUUCGGGCUGCUUAUCCUGAUAUUGUUGCACUUUAUCAAGUGGAAAAAUUAGAAGUUCUGAAGAAGAAACAGAGAAACGGUAAAAACAGACCAAAAAAAGAGGAGGUAUCAGAUGUUCAUGAUGAAGUUAGCUAUCUCCUGUCUCAAAUGAAUUUAAAGUCUAGAUCUGGAAUUCUUCCUCUGCAAGACUGUACAUCAGAGAUAAAAACUGCUCCAGAUGAUCAGGUACAUCAGAAGAGUGUUGAACCUAAAGAUCUAGUGUCAGCUGCAGCUUCCCGUGUGACAACGGUUCAAAUGCCAGUAUCGGCAGCUACUCUUCCUCUGAUUGCAUCACCUUACUCACAGACUGUGUUGGCUGACUCAUCUGUAUUGCCAGCACAAUUGACUAAAAAUUUGGGGAUGUCAUCUUCUUCCUCUGUAACAGCUGGUCUACAGCUGAGCACUGCUGAUUGGGAAGGAACCUUUUUCAGUGCUUCAGCAGCCCGUGGGGGUGAUACCCAUGAUCCAGCAGCUGAGUUAACUAGGUGCAUGAAACAGUCACAUUCACCAGGUCAUGAAACAGUAAGAAUCUCAGAGUAUUCUGAUGCUAUGCAGUCUGAUGAACACUAUUCUGAUAGUGCAGAUGAUUUGGUUUCAGAUGAUGCUGUGGAACAACUUCAGAAGUGGUGUUUAAGUGAGCGAAUAGUAAAGAAGAAUUCCGUUCCAUCAAAGCCUGUGUUGUCUGAAGAUAUAAUGCAACUGAAGUCUUUGAAGUGUUUUGAAAAAACAAAAGAAACAUUGUAUCCUGAUAAAGAUUAUAUCUCAUCCUCAUGCCAUUUAAAUAAACUUGUACAGGAAAGUAAAAAUGUGCUAUCAGAAAACUACACAAGGGAAUCCAGCAUACACAUGUGUCGAGAUCAGUACAAAAAACCUGACAGCCUGGCCGAAAUGAUGCAAAAAGACAGUAAUACAAGUGGGUCAACAUCUCAAACCCUCAGUGGGCAAACAACAGAGAUGCCGCAUUCUGGGUGUGAAAUGCUUCCAGCGUCUCAAAAGCCAGCAGAUGUAACAGGUUGUCAAGUUAAAAAAGCUUGUACUCAAACUGGUUGGAAAACCUCUUUUAAAAAGAGUGUGUGUCAGAACCUGUGUUCUUCUAGUGAAGACAGUGAUGAUGGGAACAUGAAUAAAAAUUUGAUGUAUGAGGAGCAUAAAAGGCAACUGAACCCUAGUCAGUUUAAAAAAUCUUCUACAAAGAAAAAAAGGAGUAACAUUGCUAGCAAAAGAACAAACAGUGACUCAGCCCUUACAAUGAAAGGGGAGAAGAGAGAGACCAAUUUUAAAAAAGCUGCUAGUAAUUUCUCACUGCAGAUUUCUCCAAAACUGUCCUCUGUAGUGGAAGUUAAUUGUUCCCAAAGUCCAGAGCAACUGCUUGAGAGCUCAGGUUCUGCACCCACACAGCAAGGCAAAAGUGCUGUUCAAACUUACUCAUGGGCAGACAGUCCCCUUCCCCUGUCUGAAAGAUUAAAAGGAAGGCUCAAAAUCAGUUAGGUUCUCUGUCAAAAAGAUAGUAACAAUUAACUCUGAACCUUCAGCUCUGGUUACAGAGUUCUUUCUCAAAAUUUCUUCAGUGCACUCCAUUUUUAAGUGAACAUAGUUUUGAUGAGUAAGAGCUAUGGAACGCUGUGUACUGUAGCUGAGGUUUGAAACUAAAAAGUGAAGGUACCAUGUACUGAUUGUAGGCAAGUGCCAGUUAUUCAGAACUUGAUUAUGUAUUGAACUUGAUAUAUAUAUCAAUACGUAUGUCAAGAUAUAGUAUACAAUGGAGCAGGGGGUGUUAUUUGCAGAAUAAGGAUUUCUUUCCCAACCAGUUGUGAGAAUUUUGUGUACAGCUAUUAGUCCUCCUGCUUCUGAAAACAGACUUAUUAAAAUAGUAUCUGCACUGCUGUUGAAUAUUCUUAAUAAGACAAAGUGAUAAAGCUCUUUCCAGAUGAAAUUUUCCAUUCUGCUCCACUAACUUAAUUUUGCUCGUUUCAAAAUGGAUUUUCAAAUCUCAGGAUGCCAGUUGUGUUGAUUAUCUCUGAAGGACCAGAUAGAGACACACAGCAGAUGUACCUCGCAGGGUAGCUAAAUUUGUAUCUGCCAUGCACUAUAAUAAACUGUUCUUUGAGUGUGUGCAUCUUCCAAAGAAUGGAAUCAGCCAUGUAAGGAUAUUCCGGUUUUGUUGCUGUUACAUCUAAUAUUUAAGGAGAUUUGAUGGCUGUUUUAAUCAAACAUUUCUAGUUUGGGGCAUCUUUUUUCUUAAGAUAUAAAAUGCUGUCUAACACUACUACUUAGAAUUAAGGUUUAAGUUACAGAAAAUCAAAAAUCAGGUGAUGAAAUUGCAGAUUCUUUGAAGAAUCUUAUACAGAUGUUUUUAAAGGGAGAACUUGAAUGAAAUUUCAUUCGGGAAGGUGUUCUUCCUUCUUCAAUAUAAAGCAUUCUCUGUUCAUACAGACAAAAAAGUCUUUGUUAACAGCUUACUUCAACUUACCUGUGUUUAAGUGGUUAUUACUUCUUCUAUGGAUCAACCAGAAGGAAGGCCACAUUUACCAACAUGGAAUGUUAAAAGUAUAAAUUUAGAAUAUCAUGCCUUAAUUAAAAAGUCAACUUUUUCAUCAGGAAGGCCAAGGCUGUAGAAGUCAGGAAGCUAAAUUCCAAAUGGUGUGUGAGGAAGAAACAGGUAACCUAUAGCUAAUGGUAAUUAGCAAAAAUGACAGUUUAUUUUCCUCUGUGGGUAGAUGGAGAAAGUUUAUAUAUAGUGGCUUUUCCAUAUGAGAAAUUAUGGAAAUGAGCACAAGGUCCAAAAUACUGGAAACUUAUUUUCAGUUUUGAAGGUGAUGUCUCUUCUGAGUACUGUUAACUGCCCAGCUGAUGUAAGAGGGUAGCUGGAAGCAUAGAAUUACUGAGAUUGUAAGAGCAGCAGUUAGUCACAAGGGAACCCUAAAUGGAGACAUUGCUUAUGCAGUGGUCAGUAGUGGAGAGGUCAGACUCUUCUCUUUUUUUUUUUUUUUUUUGUAUGUUUAUUUUGGAAAAACUUUGGUGUUGGUUAUGUAUGAUUCUUUUCCUUGCUGAUGAGUUUAACUACUGAAAGUGAGAAGCAAGAGUUUGAAUUUUCAUUAAUA